AUGUUUAUCUAUCUCGGACUCGUUGGUCUUCGAGGUAUGGACUCUGUGAGCUCUGUUCUAGCUCUACUGACCCGCCGCAAGUACUGGACACGCUGGGAGUUCCUGACCAACCUACCAAAGCCCCAACUGACCGUCUUCACCUUUAUAAACUUCUUCCAGUUAGCCAUCCUCAUCAUGUGCAUAUGCCUUGCGGAAUUCACUGCCGCCUCAUAUGUGACCUUGAUCACGCCUUUUGUUCUGAUUGGCAGCGGUUUGAUCCGGGAGUAUCUGCUGCCUAGAUGGAAAUGGCUAGCACCAUCUUUGGAAAAGGUAGGUGAUAUAUUCUGA